AUGGAUUUCGCUAGUCUUAUGAAGUCGCAAAUCGCGUCUUCGUCUUCGAAGACAAGCGAAGAUAGCGGCAAGAAGUAUUUGAAGCGCUCCGAGAUCGAGGCGCAACGACAAGCAGACUACCAACGCGAGCAAGAAGAGGCGGAGAAUGCUCGUUUGGAGAGACUGGACAAAAAGCGAAAACGGGAUGAAGAGGAAGCAGAGCGGUACAGAGCGCGUGAGGAAAAGAAGCGACGGCUAGCGGAGGAAAGCAGGCGGAUACAGGAAGAAGAAAUGGAGGCGGAAGAGAGGGCAAGGAGGAAGCGCUUGGGACUACCGGAGCUGGAGAAGAAGUCGGACAGCAAGGAGGGUACGCCUUUGAAAGAAGAUGAGCAAGAUAUCCCGGACGAAGAGCUGCUGGACAAACUUCAGGAGAUGAACGAGCCGCGCUUCCUUUUCGGCGAAGAGCAUUUACAAAAACUACGACGAUAUCGGAAACUCGUGGUGAAGGCGUUGACGCCCAAAUUGAGCAAUGGGCCAAUUCCAACCUCAAUAGAGCUGGUUCCAGAAGCACAGAUGAAAGUACCAGGAGCCGUACCCAAGGAUGUCGAAGCGCGACAGUUCCUGCUUAGGCAAAUCGCCAGCUACUUCGAUAUGCUGCUCUCAGAAUGGCAGAGAGAUCUUGCCCGGCGAAGCAAAGAGGUCACGGAGUCCUCUACUGGCAAGCAAGCAUUCAACGCCUUCGUUGCAGCUCGUGAUAACCUUCGUCCACUGUUCAAGAAGAUGGAAGCGAACGAUCUCUCAGACACGCUUCUUGCCGCUGUACUGGAGAUCGUCCACUUGGCCCAAUUGAAGCGAUACGUCAAUGCCAACGAUGCAUACCUGCGACUCUCCAUCGGCAAGGCGGCAUGGCCCAUUGGUGUCACCAUGGUUGGUAUUCACGAGCGCAGUGCGAGAGAGAAACUCCACGAGACCGAAAACCAAGCGCACAUUCUAAGUGAUGAGACGACGAGAAAGAUGCUGCAGGGAAUCAAGCGGUGUCUCAGCUACGCGCAAAUAAGGUGGCCACCCGAUGAUAUUAGCCAGCUGAUGGGCUGA